AUGGCGGCAAACACCCGAGGCCUUGCGAAUCUGACGCUGGUCACAAAGCACUUCGGCGAUGCUGCCUCUUUAGAAAGAUCUCAUGUCCUGCUCCAGAGGCCAGUGACUCCAAGUGUCCCCAAUUAUUCGCGACCUGCAUCCAUGAGGACGACGUCGUACGUACAUCCUCGAAACGAUCGUGGCGGAGUGGGCCGGUCUUCAGUUGGAUCAGACUCGACACCACCCGAUAUGGUCGCCGACGAGGAUGGGGAGGAUCCGGCCUCUGGAGAUGAAGACCAUCAGUAUCACCUCCAUCAGUCCAGGCUCUUCGACAGCUUCUGGCAGGAAGGCCCCUUCGAGAACAUGCCGUACCCGGCCCUUCUCGAGAGUCCGUCAACCCCUCGUCGCCCUGAGAACGAAAACAAUGCACCAGCCCCCAAGGCAGAUGAUACCCCUGACCCAGAGGGUGCUCAACUUAAUCAUGUGGAUAGCGCCUGGCCCCUUCGAGGCAAAUCUGUCAGCAAUGCCAAGGCACCGCCGAGAUACUCUCUCUUUCCUCGCGAGACACCAUCCAUCUCAAGCAGACCCGGGUCCUCCCGAUCAUCUGCGCGGCCGCCACUGGCCCCAAGGAGCAGUUCGCUCAGCCACCACCCCUCAUCUCAAGCGCCAUUACUCCCACCUAUUGCAUCCACUUCAACGCUCUACCUGCCUCUCUUCAGCUCAAGCGAGAGCCCAUCUCCGGUCAACGGUAACCGCCUUGUGCCGUCACCGCCCCCAAUCUCACCUUUAAAUCGACAGGGUCAAAUUUGGGACACCACAUAUCGUCCAUACGGAAGCGCAUCCUAUUCGAUGCCCACUACGCCCCAGGAUGCCGGUCCACAGCAUUUCCGGAACCAUAGCCUCCAACUGCCAGAAACUCAGCUUCCUUAUCCUCUCACCCGAGGCCGGUCAGCAACAUGUGUCCCAUCAUAUAACCCGCAAAUCUCGGCCCCCACUCAACCCAACAUGGUGGUUUCUGCUGGUCCUUCAUCAGGAAUCUCAUCUACCAUCAGCUCAUCUGCUCCAUCACCACUAGCAACCAAUUUUAGAUUCUCCCACCAACGGCCGUCGCCACUACCCAAUGUAAAGCUAACCGCCGCCGAGGUCCCCACCGAUGCUGUUAGUCCGACAAAUCCGAUAAUUACUGGGAUAAAUACAACGACAAAGUCAUCCCGGUCCAACAGCAAAGCCAAGGCUCCGCCCAGGAAGACGCAGAUAGUGUCAACAUCUUGGAUUUUUCCUAGCGUCCAAGACGAAUUUCCCACAAUCCCUGUCGCAGAGGCAGUCGACUCAAACGCGCCGGUCACGUCUCGACUCACGGAAAAAGCAUUGCCCCCGCCGCCCCCGAACGGCGGAUCCCUCACUAUUGCGCCGCUGGCUCGCCCUAGCCGCCGUCCAGCCGCCCCGCAACGCAAGACUUCAGUUGUCUCGACCUCAUUCAUGUUUCCAGAACAACAGGACCACCCACGUUCAUUUUUCGAACACGAAAGUGAUGACGAAAACGACGGGGCCAACGGCGGUUCGCCCUCGCGCAAGUCACGCCUCAAGCAGAUGGUUCGUGGACUGCACCACCGGCGCAGCCAGAGCGACAUCUCCAAACAGCAGCUUCGCAAGGAUGAGGCUGAUGAUAGGUUGUCGAGGGCGAGGGCGGCGACUGCAGUGAGCGCCCGUGCCGCAGCCCUGCAGCAACAAAUCAACGAUGCUGACCUCGAGGUCAUGGGUGGCAGUGCGGGUCAAAGCAUGCUGCGCCGGCAGAGAUCCGAGGUGUUUUCUUUUCUUUUGAAGGGACGACGAAUGCAUUAG